AUGAGUCCUGAGAAUCAGACUUCCAGCAGGGAUUUCAUUCUUCUGGGACUGUUCUCUUCCUCCCGCACCAGCCUGGUCUUCUUCUCCUCUCUGUGCAUCCUUUUCAUCCUGACUGUCACAGAAAAAAACGCCCUCCUGAACCUGCUCAUCUGCAGGGACUACUGCCUCCACUCCCCAAUGUACUUCCUGCUCAGCCAUCUCUCCUUCAUGGACAUCUUGCACAUUUCCAACAUCGUCCCCAAAAUGAUCACCAACUUCCUGUCUGGCAGCAGAACUAUGACCUUCGCAGGCUGUGGAUUCCAGAUCUUCCUGUCUCCCAUCCUGCUGGGUGAAGAGUGCCUUCUCCAGAUGGCCAUGUCCUAUGAUCACUAUGUGGCCAUCUGCCAACCCCUGCACUAUGCCAUGCUGAUGAGUGACAGAGUCACUGUGCUCAUGGUAGCUGGGGCCUGGCUGGUGGGGACUCUCAACUCUGUAGUCCACACAGCCUACGUACUCCACUUUCCCUUCUGUGAGCCAGUGGUGAUUGAUCACUAUUUCUGUCAGAUCCCUGCCUUGAUGAGGUCAUCCUGUGUGGACACAUCACAGUAUGAACAAGGGGUUGAGGUUAGUGCUGUUAUUUUCCUGUUUACCCCUUUCUCCAUGAUCUCUGUAUCUUAUAUCAAAAUUUUGCACACUGUUUUGCAAAGUAAAUCCUCACAGGCCUGGAAAAAGUCCUUUUCCACCUGUUCCUUCCACAUGGUUGUGGUUGUCAUGUACUAUGGGCCACUUAUUUUCACAUACAUGGGACACAAGUCCUACCACAUUCCAGGCCAGGAUAAGUUCCACUCAAUAUUCUACACCACCCUCACACCCACCCUCAACCCUGUCAUCUACAGCUUCAGAAAUAAAGAUGUUCUGCAGGCCAUGAAAAACAUGCUCACAAGUAAUUUUUAUCAUAAAUAUUAA